GCGCCCGUAGUGGGGACCCGCAGCGGGACGCGGUCCCCCCAGCCCGAGGCUUAGGCGGGAUGUCGGUGGUGGGCAUUGACCUCGGCUUCCUCAACUGCUACAUCGCCGUGGCGAGGAGCGGCGGCAUCGAGACCAUCGCCAACGAGUACAGCGACAGGUGCACGCCGGCCUGUAUAUCUUUGGGAUCCAGAACUCGAGCCAUUGGAAAUGCAGCUAAGAGCCAGAUAGUCACAAAUGUAAGAAAUACAAUUCAUGGCUUCAAAAAGCUUCAUGGGCGAUCAUUUGAUGACCCCAUUGUGCAGACGGAGAGAAUCAGACUUCCCUAUGAACUGCAGAAGAUGCCUAAUGGAAGCACGGGUGUUAAGGUGCGGUACCUGGAAGAAGAGCGGCCCUUUGCAAUUGAGCAAGUCACAGGAAUGUUGCUGGCUAAGCUUAAAGAGACCUCAGAAAAUGCCUUGAAGAAGCCAGUGGCUGACUGUGUGAUCUCGAUCCCGAGCUUUUUCACCGAUGCAGAGAGAAGAUCCGUGAUGGCCGCAGCCCAGGUUGCAGGCCUAAACUGUCUGAGGCUGAUGAAUGAAACCACUGCAGUUGCACUGGCAUAUGGAAUUUAUAAGCAGGAUCUCCCCUCAUUAGAUGAGAAGCCAAGGAAUGUUGUGUUUAUCGACAUGGGACAUUCUGCCUAUCAGGUCUCUGUUUGUGCUUUUAACAAAGGAAAACUUAAAGUGUUGGCUACUACCUUUGAUCCAUAUUUGGGUGGCAGAAACUUUGAUGAGGCUUUAGUAGACUACUUCUGUGAUGAAUUCAAGAACAAAUAUAAGAUAAAUGUCAAAGAAAAUUCUCGGGCCUUAUUGCGGCUGUAUCAGGAAUGUGAAAAACUAAAGAAGCUGAUGAGUGCAAAUGCAUCAGAUCUUCCCCUAAACAUCGAGUGUUUCAUGAAUGACCUCGAUGUUUCUAGUAAGAUGAACAGGGCUCAAUUUGAACAGUUGUGUGCUUCCCUCUUGGCCAGGGUUGAACCACCAUUAAAAGCAGUAAUGGAUCAAGCUAACUUACAACGUGAAGACAUAAACAGCAUAGAAAUUGUAGGAGGGGCCACUCGGAUUCCUGCAGUCAAGGAGCAGGUCACUAGGUUCUUUCUAAAAGACAUCAGUACCACCCUAAAUGCUGAUGAAGCCGUUGCCCGAGGAUGUGCAUUGCAGUGUGCCAUCCUCUCACCAGCAUUUAAAGUGCGUGAAUUUUCCAUCACGGACCUUGUUCCCUACUCAGUCACAUUAAGAUGGAAGACUUCUUUUGAAGAAGGGACUGGGGAAUGUGAAGUCUUCUCUAAGAACCACCCGGCCCCAUUCUCAAAGGUCAUAACUUUCCACAAGAAGGAACCAUUUGAACUAGAAGCAUUUUAUACUAAUUUGCAUGAAGUGCCUUAUCCUGAUCCAAGAAUUGGAAACUUCACUAUUCAGAAUGUUUUCCCACAGUCUGAUGGUGAUAGUUCUAAAGUAAAAGUUAAAGUUCGUAUUAAUAUCCACGGAAUCUUCAGUGUGGCCAGUGCAUCAGUAAUUGAGAAGCAGAAUCUGGAAGGUGAUCAUAACGAUGCCCCUAUGGAAACAGAAGCUCCUAAGAAUGAAGGCAAAGAGGAUGUGGACAAAAUGCAGGUUGACCAAGAAGAAGGAGGUCAUCAGAAAUGUCGUGCUGAGCACACCCCAGAAGAAGAGAUUGACCACACCGGGGCCAAAGCAAAGGCACCUCCUUCAGACAAGCAAGAUCGCAUAAAUCAAACUAUUAAAAAAGGGAAAAUCAAGAGUAUUGAUCUACCGAUCCAGAGUAGCCUGUACAGACAACUGACUCAAGAUCUUCUCAAUAGUUACAUUGAAAAUGAGGGGAAGAUGAUAAUGCAGGAUAAAUUAGAGAAAGAAAGAAAUGAUGCUAAGAAUGCCGUGGAAGAAUAUGUCUAUGAUUUCAGAGACAAACUGGGCACUGUCUACGAAAAGUUCAUCACUCCAGAAGACAUGAAUAAGCUGUCUGCAAUGUUAGAAGACACAGAAAAUUGGCUUUAUGAAGAAGGAGAGGACCAGCCUAAACAAGUUUAUGUGGAUAAGCUUCAGGAGUUAAAGAAAUAUGGCCAGCCCAUUCAAAUGAAGUACGUGGAGCAUGAAGAGAGACCAAAAGCUUUAAAUGACUUGGGGAAAAAGAUUCAGCUUGUCCUGAAAGUGAUAGAAGCACACAGAAACAAGGAUGAAAGAUAUGAUCAUCUGGAUCCUGCUGAAAUGGAAAAAGUUGAAAAAUACAUCAGUGACUCCAUGAACUGGCUAAAUAGUAAGAUGAAUGCACAGAAUAAAUUAAGUCUUACUCAAGAUCCUGUGGUAAAAGUGUCAGAAAUAGUUACAAAGUCAAAGGAACUGGAUAAUUUCUGUAACCCCAUCGUUUAUAAGCCCAAACCAAAAGUAGAAGCUCCUGAAGACAAAGCAAAGACUAGUAGUGAGCACAAUGGACCAAUGGAUGGACAGAGUGGUUCCGAAACCAACCCAGAUCCACCCAAAGGAAGCUCGCAGCACACUGACUCGGGAGAGAUGGAAGUGGACUAAGUGUCAUGUAAUUCAAGCAGUGGGUUAACAACAGGGCCCAUUCAUCCUUUAUGCCCGGUACACACAACAUAUGUUCAGUUGUUCUUAACUACUUUUGUCAUUUGUUUUUUGGAGUAGUUUUGAAAAGUGUCUAUAUUGAGUGCACUAUUGCUGUCCAUUGCUGCUGUGACGCUUUAGCUGAAUAUAGAUGUACAAAUCAGUGUGAGCUCUCCUUACAUACUUUGUGUCAGUAUGCAGGACUGCUGUGUACUCAGCAGCCACCCACUGUAGGCACAGCUUUACUUGCAUAGCCCUCAGCUCCUCUAUGCAGGAGGGGGAUACUGCAUUGCUCUUUUGUUGCAGAGGCAGGGGGUUAACUGCAUUAUUAUUGUGAAAACAAACUGAAGAUGAUGUGGUUUAGAACCACCAGCACUGACCCUUUCCUAGUUUCCCUAAUGCUAUCACUUAAAUAUUAAAACAAACGGGAGGUUCUGACAUCCUAGACCAUCUCACUGCCGCGCCACAAGGAAUCCAGUCUUGUCAUCACAUAAACAAUCUGACACUCAGAGAGGGACAGUGCAGUUUGACAUUUGGAUAACACCAGCAUUUGCUGCUUUUGUUGGUAGCAUGGAUUUAUGUUUUCUCAGAGUAACUUUUCACUUGACACUUGUUGAUCUACUUGUCCAAAAGAGCAGCUGCUGCUACACUGAUGCUGAGCCCACGGGAAAGCACUGUUGACCUGCUCAGCUGUGCAGCUGUGAUGCUGACAGCCUUGGUUCAGUUUUUAGAGUUGUGUUGGUUUUCUUAAUUGAUUUUUGUUGCUAAUACCUUAAUCUGGGGUAGGGAGACGUUGCACAGUGCAGUGCAUUAUAUUACCUAUCACUGAUUGAAUGUUCCAAUGUAGAUAGACACUAUUAAAUAAGCAGUGACUCCUUGAAAGGAGUACCUGUACCAAGUCUUAGGAAAUAAUGCUUGUAAUGACUUAACUGUGUUACAUCAGAAGGUAAAAUACAUAAUGUUGCAUAGUGUAAUAUGAUAUGAUGUGAUUAAAUUAUAGUUCCUGCUGUUAAA